CACCGCAGCAGGCUCCUGUGCUCGGGGUGGCGUUGAGCUUGCUCCUGGCCGGGCUCCCGCCACGCCGGAUUCUUCCCUUUCCCCCAGGCGAUGGAAGAGUGUGUUCGCAUCAGAGCCGGCAAGAUGGCGGCAGCGGCGGGAUCCAGCGUGGCACUGAUGGGGACUCUGGGGAAGUCUCCUAUGGGGAUGGGAGGAACACUGCGUCCUUUGGCCCCCGAGGAGAUCGCCUGUAGGCUGCGGAAUACAAGGAGGGAACUGAGCAACAGGCGCAAGAUUCUGCUGAGGAACCUGCCUCUCAAGAGCAGCAGCCAGGAAAUCCAUGAUUUAUUAAAAGGUUUUGAAUUGAAAUACUGUUAUGUGGACAAAAAUAAAAGAACAGCUUUUUUUACUCUAUUGAAUGGGGAACAAGCUCAGAAUGUGAUACGGCUGUUUCACCAACACUCACUUCAGGGAAAAGAUCUAUCAGUACAGCUUCAGCCAACUGAUGCCCUGCUCUGCAUUACCAAUUUGCCCACAUCCUGUACAUUACAAGAGUUUGAACACUUGGUGCAGCCAUAUGGCAAUGUUGAGAGACACUUUCUGAUUUAUGGUGAAAUCACUGGUUAUUCAAAGGGCUAUGGUUUUGUGGAAUACAUGAAAAGGGAUUCAGCAGCUAAAGCUAGAUUGGACCAUCUAGGGAAACAGUUACGUGGUAAUAUCCUCUUGGCUCAGUGGAUGGAUGUUAACCUAUUAACUCCAGAACUCAUACAUUCAAAGUGCCUUUGUGUGGAAAACCUCCCCACAAACUGUAUUGAUGCAGAGGAUCUGAUGCAAACUUUCUCAACUAACCAUAAAUCUGUGUUCUACCAGCUUGCUCAGGUUGACGAUCGCUCUCUUGCUGGUUUUGCAAUGAUUGAGUAUGAAACAGCAGAGUAGGCAGAGGAGGUUCAGCAAGGCACAGAUGGAUUGAUUAGCAAUGAGAGGAGACUGCAUGUGUUUUACUGUGCUCCUGGAGCUCCAGGGUGCAGUACCCUUGCUUCACUUAUAGCAGCACAACAGAUGUUAAGGAGUGUGAGGAACAAUAGAAAGGCAUUGCUUCCAGAUCCAAAUGCAGUACAGAUCAUGAAAAACUUGAAUACCCCAGCAAUGUUACAAAUGUUGUUACAACCCCAGUUACAUGGAUGUGCUGGGGGUCCUGCUGUCCUUGGAACUCCCCUGAGCGUACCUCACCUUGUAAGCCCGUCAAUCAGUCCAGCCUUUCUACAUUUAAGUACAGUUCAUCAGGGAACAGUUCUUGGAAGUGCAUCUAGUUUGCUGCUACAGAAUUUCUCCCAUCUACAACUGGCACAACUAAUGAAGAAUGAAAAUAUUCAAACAAACAAUAAUCCUGGUUUACUUGGAGAGCCUCCUGUGGACCUGCCUCAGACAAUGUUAGGAAUGGGUACUGUACCACCUGUGACCACAGACAUGGGGAACCAGGGAGAAGCACAUAACUUAUCUGAUCGAACACCAACUCAAACACCAGUUGCAAUGGGGAUGGGCAUGGUGCCAUUCUUUCCAAAUCCCAUUGUUGUCGGACAAGCAAUGCCAAGGCAAAAUAACACACAGGACAAGCUGCCAUUGAUGGUAGGAUCGACAGAAGACACUGGCUCAGGGUCACAGGCUUAUCUGCAAAGCUUAACAAAUGCCACUGCUGGAGGCCUGCGGGCAGGACAUUUCAAGCCACAGAGCCAGCCAAACUCAAACUUGGGGAGCUCUUCAAAUAAUCAGACUUCUCUCUUGGGAGAUCCCCCCAAAGAAAUCCAUCUUAGUACAAAUCCCUACUUGAACUUGGCAAGUGUACUGCCUUCUGUCUGUCUUUCAGCAAUUACAAGCAAAGCUUGUAAUACUAAGCAGUGAUCUGGACUUUGUAAUAACUUGCUUGACAUGGCAGUUGCCCAGGUAACCACAUCGCAACAAGCAGUAGAAAACUGCUUUAACUAUCCAACACAGUAUGGGGAUUACACACAGAUGGCACCUAUAGGAAAUGAAAAGCAGGGCUCUUCAUACCUCAUCAGCACCCCAGAAGAUGGUCGAGUGGACUAUCUUAACCAACAAGCUCAGGGCUCCAUGGUACAUUAUGCAGAAUUAUAUCUUAAAAGGAAACGUGUAUAUUAAGAUCAUGCUCAAUGUCAAAGCCACUUCAUAUCCUUCAUGUCACUCAUAUCUUUCACUUUUGAUACGUAUUGCAGAUUUUUUUUUAAAAAAAACCCAAUUCCAUAUAGGAAAUCCAUUUUUAAGUAAAUUUCUGUGUAACAAGUAUGUGGGUAUGUGUUGCAAUCACUGUUAUACUCGAGACUGGUUUCUAUCUGUAGGAUGGAAAUUAAGUUUCUUAAAGAAAUGGCAGCUUUGUGGAUUGAGAAUUUCUCUCAAAGCAAUAAAAUAAUAUGGAGUGAAUAUUUUCUUGAAGCGUUGCUUGAAGUUGUAUUAUUAGUCUUAAGAAAACAAUCAUGCAGGUGUUCUUCAACUUCUUUGAGGAUUUAGGUUCUUGGCUGCAAGGCAUUCAUGUUUAAUCCUUUCUUCUGACAUUUGAGAAUACUUUCCCAUUAUAGGCUGGGGCUUGCAUGAUAAAUUACAGCCCAGUUAGUAUGAUAGGAAGAGUCCAAGUACUAAAGUUCAGUCUGCUUAAAAUUAGCCAGAUCAUCUUCAGAUCAAGUCAUGGAUCUUAAUGUAGUCAUGUCUCUGAAAGUGGUAGUAGGCUAGGAAACUAUCAACAAAUUUUGAUCUUAUUUAAAAAGCUGAUGCUGGUGAUACAAGCAUGCAUGACAUUUCUGUGAAAAUAUCAGAUUAAUCGUAGGCUCAUCACUGGUCUACAAAUUUUGGGAAAUUAUCAACCUCUUAGAUUAAAAUGUGCUAAUUCUUACAUAUUUGAUUAGAUGAAUUAGCCAACUACUCCAUUCUAUACCUUUAUUACUGUUUUGGACUUCUAAACCUGCCUUAAUGUAGGAAGGGAAAGCUAAGAAAGGAAAAAUCAAAGGAAAAAAAUGUGGAUUGACUGAGUGAUCCCUCAAACCUGUCAGAGUUGCUUGUGAUAGUUUGUGUAGCAGUCCCUUGCAAAAGUAUUUCAUAGCUGAAGCCAGUGAUCACCACUUUGUUUGUUCUUGAAAGUGGUUGCAAUCUCAAGGAGGCUAGAAAAUUCAGUUCCCAGAGCUAAUACUGGCCUAUAGUACCGAUCAGAGAUUACAUCUUUCUCCCCAGCCCUGGGAUGGGAGGAGAAAGCUGCAACUUGAUCACUAUGACUUGUUGCCUUCUUCCUUCCCUGUGUGUGCUUGGCUAUCUGAAGGGAGAAGAGUUCUAGAAAGGCCUCUGAUGGCUCGUCAGUCUGAGCUACAUUUCCCCAGUGUGUACACAGACCAAACAUGCAACAUAAUCAACAUAAUUUUUUUUCUUUGAGGUGAAACCAGGUAACUGUGGCAUCAGGGACAGUAGUCUACCACAUUGGCUUCAUAUGUGUACCUUAUCUAUUUUCAUACUUAUGGAGUUGAUCACACCCCACAUUCUGCAUUGUGGGAAGGGUUACCUAGGUUUGGUUGGAUAGUUAUUGCAUAGG